AAAGGGUGAGAUUGAGCUAGCGCAGGAGGGAGAGAGAGAGAGAGAGAAAGAGAGAGAGAGUGUGUGCACAGGAGAGCAAGAGAAAGAAGCCAGAGCGGGGAGAAAGAGUCAAAUGGGGAGAGGGAGAAUGCGCGGCGUCUGGUUAACACUUCCACGCUUGUGUCCAGAGCCUUUGUGAAUACACCAUGGGAUGCAUCGGCUCCAGGAGACUGACAGCAGAUGGCGUGCCAGUCCAGAAGGAUGGCGAGCAGCAUGGACGUUCAGAAUUUUCAUGGGAAGGAAUCAAUCUGUCCAUGGAAGACACCACAUCGAUUCUACCUCGGCUGAAGAGGAACUCAAACGCCUACGGCAUCGGCGCUCUGGCUAAGUCUUCUCUGUCAGGUGUGUCAGGCGUGACCCGAUCUAUGAAAGAAAGAGUGACCAAACCCACAGCCCUGGGCCAAGGCCGCGUCGCUCAUAUGAUUGAGUGGCAAAACUGGGGCAUGCAGACAGUUGGUGCAAGCAGUCUUGCUCAGUCCCGCAUCAGUACCCAGGAACGGGAAAAGGAGCGGCGGCUGGAGAAUGACGCCUACAGCGAUCUCAGCGACGGGGAGAAGGAGGCUCGUUUCGCUGCAGGUAUCCUGCAGCAGUUUGCAAUCUCCGAGGCAACACUUCUGGCCUGGUCAUCGAUGGACGGAGAGAGCCCACGGUCAGGGUCAAACCAAGGAAGUGUGGCCCAUUUGAGUGAAGUCAACCAGGAGAGCAUCACUAGUCGUGAUCAGAUAUUGCACCACUCCUCAGCAGAGGCGUGGCCGCACACAUAUGUCUCCCAGGGUCACUAUUGCCUCUCCUCUUCUGAUGCAUGGGAGCCAACCAGCAAUGAGCCCUCUGGUGUGGCGUCUCCCCCUGCUGGCUCAUACGUUAUGGCAGCUGGGACUGAUGGAUAUGAUGGUCAGGCAGCAGCUCACUUCUUCUCUCAGCAGCAGCAACAGCAGCAGCAGUUCAGCCUCCAACAGCAGAGCCAGCUCCAACAGCUGCAGCAGAUCCAACAGCUUCAGCACUAUCACCAGCAGCAGCUCCUGCAGUAUCAGCAACAACAGUCGCUGGAGCACAGGCUGCACAGUGCCAACCACUCUUUGCAAGCAACGCCUAACAGCACCAUCCACAGUCUAGUCCAUGCUGCUCACCCACCAUUGGUUGACCUAUGGAACACGGCGCAGAUGGAGGCCUAUCAGGCGGAGGCAGGAGGCUAUAUGGGCGUGGCUGCAGUGGUGGAGCCAAGCCUCUGUGUUCCCUCUGGAGAUGAUAUGGUGGGAACAGAGCACUCGCCACUACUAGAACAACAGGAGGAAGAGGAGGAGGUCAAGGAGACAGAGGUCACACUCUGUAUGGAACCAGAGUCAGCCACGUUGACUCCGCCCACACAGCAAGGGGAUUUAUCCGGUGCAAGUAGUCCUGGGCAACCAUCACCUGAUCCAAUCACAGAGCGAAAGCCCUCAGAUGUCACUUUGGGGCUUGUUCAGAGUUUAGAAGAGAAGGAAGAGGAAGAGGAAGAGGAGCCGGGGGCUUCUAUGGCAACCAACUGAGUUUCUGGCUGUGAGGAGACUCCUUAUUGCAAACUGACCACAGAGUCAAGAAGGAAUGAGCAUAAUAACACAGUAUCUUAUCUAUUAAUCUAUUCCUUUUCAGGUAUCAAAAACAGUUUUUCAGUUGCGAGAUGAAUUCUUCACAGCAAUGAGAAACAAAUUAGCAAGUGGACUCACAAUGAGAGCAGAGCUGAUGCAAGCCUUACAUCCCAAAGCUAAAGGAGCCGAGGAGUGAGGAUGGAGCAGGUGACAAAUUUGGCAGGAGUGAGGAGAAGGAAAAGGAGGAGGAGGAGAAUCACUAACCGGAUGUGACUUUUUCAACAGGGAAAUAAAAUCAGAAUGAGAUUAAGAGGAGGGGAGUGGAAUCAUGCAUGCAUUUUAAGAAGACAAGCAACAUGACCCUACCAUCAUCUCAUAAUGGACACCUAUCAUCAUUAAAUGCUAUAAUAGGAAUAAUUUUCUAAUGACACAGAAAUAAGAUGAAAAAACAAAAACCAAUGUUUAAGUUAAGAGUUUUCCUGUGGAGGAACCCCUCUGUUUACAACAUGUUACUGUUUAAUCGAUGUAAAUGUCCUGCUCCAUUGAAGGGACAGUUUAAAAGUGUAAACUGCUGCAAACAGAAGAAUUCACACGCAGUUAAAGGAGGCUCAAAAGUCUCAGUGUUUCAAUGAAAUGCUGCUUAAGCCUCUACUGUACAUUGAUGUUGUGGCACCAGGAUGCCUCAGGCACAACCAGGGACAUGUGUGUCCUGUUGACUACACACAUCCACACACACACACACACACACUGCACAGAUAAGGAUUGUACUGUAAGAUAGUGUGCUUCCUACGCCGUCUCUCUGUAUGCAUGUUUCUUCAGAGUGCUGUGGAGUACCUGUACUAUACAGCACUGUAUGGACUUUGCACUGAACCAUAGUACCCCAGGUGGGAUCAUGGCGGGCCGAGCCUGCAAGAUGGUUUUAUGACAUUGACGAUGGAGAAGAUUAAAAAAAAAAAAAGAAGCAGAACUGUACAAGCAAAUUUCUUUGCACUGAUGCAAUCCUACAGAUCAGAGGUUGCCUUUGGACUGUUAAUGUUUCCCAGUUCGCACUCUGAAAGCUUUCAGCACCACCGACAACCAAAACCGAGCCACUUGACAACAUGAAUCCUCAGCUACUUUUUCCACAUGUGUAGAUGUGCUAAAUUGAGGAUCAUAGCUACUACUGAAUGUACUGAAAGACCGAUCGCAGUACAUGAUGGUGUGUGUAUGUGUGUGGUUUUUUUUUGUUGUUCCACUUCUCCUCGCAGUUGGGCAAAGGGAUUCUUCCAAGUGUGUGAGAAAAUGGGAUCAGAUUUACUGCUGGCUCACCAAGACUAAAACCACCACAACACACACACAAACACAGAUAUCUAAAUUGUAACCAGCAAUAGACAGGCGACGCACUGCGAUCAGUGCUAGUGCUGUCACAUAGUGUAUAUAGUAUAUGAAAUCGCCUCUCUCGCACUCGCAGUCGUUUUCUUUUUGUUGUUGUUUUAAUGCCUCACUCCCACAGUAUUUUGGGAUUGUGCUUAAGAUCACAGGUCAGGCCUGGUUUGUUCAUUUAUUUUUAAAAGAGGAUUGUUUUGUAAAUAGAGCGAUGGCUCAAACUAGAUGGUGUCGGAUUUUACCCACUGGGAAAUACAGCCUGUGUGCAGCUCAAUCAGGGAAUCGAACAGAAGACUAGAACUGAACAUUAGAACAGAGUCGAUCUGUGUCUUCCUGCUCAUCGUGAUUACUGUGAAGCAGCUGCCUGGAGUGCGACAGUUU